UACGAAAAUUUAGGAAUUUUGAUGAAGAUGAAUUUUUAGGAAAAAGGAUAUUUUGUGCGUGAUUUUAAAGAUUCUUGCUCGUGAUUCAACAAGAUAGUUAUGCGAGGAGAGGAAAAGUGGAAAAGGAUUUUGGCUUUUCUUGCUUCAUUUUGAUUUGACUCUUUUCCCUCACAACAAAGAAGAGAGUGAGAAGAAGAAAAACAAGAAUAUCAAUAUCAAAUCCAAACAAAACCCAGUGCAGUGUAGCAGCGUGCCUCUCAACUCAGACAAAUAUCAUGAACUGUCUUCACAAUCUUUCUCGAUUCUCUAUUUUGCCCUUUGAAACUGUUGCCACGCGCCACCGCAACAAUCUUCCCCUUUCGCUGAGAAUCGUCAAUAAUUUUCAUCGUAAUCGAAGUAUGGCGCUCAAGGCUGCUUCAGGUUCUGUACCAAGUGCAGACAAAAGUAAUGUCAGCAAGGAAGAGGAAAAGUCUGAGACAUACUCUCAUAACAUGACCGAAGCCAUGGGUGUUGUUUUGACUUAUAGGCACGAGUUAGGAAUGAACUAUAACUUCAUCCGUCCAGACUUAAUUGUGGGAUCAUGCCCACAGACUCCUGACGAUGUUGAGAAGUUGCAUAGAAUUGGAGUGAAAACAAUAUUUUGUUUACAACAAAAUCCAGACCUUGAAUAUUUUGGAGUUGAUAUUAAGGCCAUACAAGAAUAUGCCAAGGCACAUGAUGUUCAACACUUGCGAGCUGAGAUAAGGGACUUUGAUGCAUUUGAUCUAAGGAUGCGACUUCCAGCUGUAGUUAGCAAAUUGUAUAAGGCAAUAAAUUCCAACGGAGGCGUAACAUAUAUUCAUUGCACUGCUGGACUUGGAAGAGCUCCUGCCGUUGCAACGGCCUACAUGUUUUGGGCUCUGGGUUAUACAUUCAAAGAGGCUCAUACACUACUUCAGAGCAAAAGGGAGUGUUUUCCCAAACUAGAUGCCAUUAAAAGUGCAACGGCAGACAUCCUUACAGGCCUUAGUAAGAAACCUGUCACUUUGACAUGGGAAGACAGCAGUUGCUCUAGGGUGGAAAUUUCAGGACUUGAUAUUGGAUGGGGGCAGAGAGUACCCCUAAAUUUUGAUGACAAAUCGGGUUUGUGGUAUCUCGAGAGGGAAUUACCUGAAGGACGCUAUGAGUACAAGUACAUUGUUGAUGGGGAAUGGACAUGCAAUAAAGAUGAGCUUGUAACUGCUCCCAACAAAGAUGGUCAUGUCAACAAUUUCAUUCAAGUCCUUGAUAAUAGCAGCAGUGGUCGUGUUUCCCUUCGGGAGAGAUUCAGUUCUGAUGAUCCUGAUCUUACACCGGAGGAACGACUGAGAAUAAAGGAGUUUCUCGAAGCUUGUCCUGACGAGGAUCUGUGACCCAUCAAUGCACGUCUCUGUUUAUAUGUAAAGUAGUAUAUGCACGUAUACAAUAAAAGGUUGAAUAUAAACCUUCAAUAAGAUCUCUGUUGUAGUAAUAAAGUUGGUUUGCCGAGUUUAUUGAGUUGCAUAGUAA